UAAUAGCCGGGCUGCUCGUCAGCAGGAAUAGUAUACAGAGGAGUGAUAGCAGGAGGGCUCUGUCCCCUCUGCUCCCCGGCAUCCCUGCACUGCUCCCUCCGGCCUCUCACCGCUGUCUCUUUCCGGCCAGAGCUGUGUGAGCUGCAGUCACGAUGAGUCGUAUCUAUCACGAUAGUGCCCUGCAGAAUAAACCAGUGCAUGAUGAGCGGGUGUCCGGGGACUGGCUGCCGGCGGGGUACCAGAGUGGACCAGGCAUUCUUUUGGAAGGGACACUAGUGGAUUACUCUCGCCAUACUAUCACAGACGUCAAAGGGAAGAAGGAACGAUGGUAUAUUCUCUACAUGAGGCCAAACAGAAUACAUCGGAGGAAGUUUGACAGUAAAGGAAAUGAAAUUGAGCCUAAUUUUAGUGACACUAAGAAGGUGAAUACUGGCUUUCUUCUGUCUUCUUACAAGGUGGAAGAGAAAGGUGAAACAGACAGACUCCAACCAGAGGAGCUGAAACGUCUGGUUAACAAGGAAGAGUUGAUGAAAAUCAGUCUAAGGUUUACCCCCAAGGACUGUGUUGCAUUUUGGCUGCCAGAAGCUGAAAUGGAGAAAACGGAACUGGAGUUUGGUGAACAAUUAAGAGUGAAAACACUGGGAGAUGGACCAUUUAUAUUUUCCUUGGCAAAAAUUGAUGCUGGAUCAGUGACAAAAUGUAAUUUUGCUGGAGAUGCUCAGACUGGAGCUUCCUGGACAGACAACAUAAUGGCCAAUAAAUCUCUCAGUGCUGAACCUGCGCCUGAGGCCCGUGGUCAAGGUGAUGGAGCUGAAGAUGAUGAAUGGGAUGAUUAAAGUACCAGCUUGUGAUUCAGUACAGUACCAAAGUGUGACCCAGCCAUCCCAGGUUGGACAUAUCAACCAAGCCUUUCUUUGAUGAAGUGUUCUGACCCAGCCAAUUCCAAUGUUUUUAAAUUUUCGGGCAAAACACAAGUUGCUGCCUUGUUUGUGUAUUGUGAUGACAGGGGUGGUCAUUCCAUGGCUUAGUCUUUCAUAUCUUUCAUAUGCUUUUUUAUGCAAUAAUGGACUGUUUAGUUUCAGUUAAUGUAUGUGUCAAUCAUGGGGUUAUAGUAUAUGGCUAAGUUCAUAUGUUGCAAAAAAAAAAAAAAAAAUGCCAAGUGUUCCCCAAUAUAUGUCCCUGGCAAUUGCAUUAAAGGUGGUUUUAAACAUAGUACUUUAGCAGGAAAGCGAAACAUAUUCCCUUAUUUUAUCAUUCCUAUUCAUUUUGAAUCCAAUUUUGGCUUCGGCUCAAAAAAAAAAAAAAAAAAAAAAACUGCAUCAAAAAUUGCAGUAGCGUUUACAGGGUAUUUUGGUAUCAGAAAAUCAUAAUUCAAUAAAACUUUCACCCUGAGACAUACAACAUA